UGGGCAUGGGAAGAUAUUUGGCGCGACUGCCAAGUGUGAGUGGUAGAAGUUCGUUUGUAUAUUCCAUAACCGCGUUCACAAAUCUUCCCAAGCGAGUCAGCGGAGUACUCAGUUUUGGCUACAUCAUGACAGAGAACAUGACUCUGGAACAGGUCUCAUCCUCCAAGUGCUUCGAGGGCGAGCAGCGCGUGUAUCGCCACCGAUCCGGCACCUUGGACUGCGACAUGACCUUUGGCGUCUUCCUGCCGCCGGCGGCUCUGGAGGGCAAACCCUGCCCGGUGCUCUUCUUCCUCAGCGGACUGACCUGCAGCCACGAGAACUUCAUUCAGAAGAGCGGCUUCCAGCAGCACGCCGCGCGUCACAAUCUGAUUGUCGUCAAUCCGGACACUUCGCCCAGGGGCGUCGAAAUCGCCGGUCAGGAUGACGCCUACGACUUUGGCAGCGGCGCCGGGUUCUAUGUGGAUGCCAAGCAGGAGCCGUGGUCCAAGCACUACAAGAUGUACAGCUAUGUGACCCAGGAGCUGGUGGAUGUGGUCAAUGCCAAUCUGCCCGUGGUGCCCGGCAAGCGGGGCAUCUUCGGGCACAGCAUGGGCGGCCACGGAGCCCUGAUCUGUGCCCUCAAGAAUCCCGGAUUGUACCAGUCCGUCUCGGCCUUCGCGCCCAUAACCAAUCCCACCGAGUGUCCGUGGGGCCAGAAGGCCUUCGCCGGCUAUCUGGGCUCCAAUACGGCUGAUUGGGCCCAGUGGGAUGCCACGCUUUUGGUGUCGCAGUACGAGAGUACGCCGCAGGAGCUCUUCAUCGACCAGGGCGGAGCGGACAACUUCCUCGCCGGCAAGCAGCUGCUGCCGGAGAACCUUCUGGCCGCCGCCGAUGGCAACGCGCACAUCCAGACCAUCUUUAAGCAGCGCGAGGGCUACGACCACAGCUACUUCUACAUCGCCACCUUCGUCGCCGAGCACAUCGCCUACCACGCCGCCCUGCUCACCGCGACUGCCUGAAUGUCUCUUUUUGCUCGUUAUUUUCCAUCGGUUUGUAUUGUACUAAAACGCUAAUUCAGUCAUAAAUCAAGAGUAAAUAAACUAAUCUACACGGAGU